ACACCUCUCGAUCCCAAUCUCUCUCAAUUCCCCCAAAUUCCCAAACCUUAACUUUUCUCUCUCCUUCCCAAAUGGCACCCAAGGCUGAGAAGAAGCCCGCCGAGAAGAAGCCGGCAGAGAAGACCGUGGCGGAGAAAGCCCCGGCGGAGAAGAAGCCCAAGGCCGGCAAGAAGCUCCCCAAGGAGGCCGGAGCGGCUGCCGGAGACAAGAAGAAGAAGAGGAACAAGAAGAGCGUGGAGACCUACAAGAUCUACAUCUUCAAGGUCCUCAAGCAGGUCCACCCUGACAUCGGGAUCUCCAGCAAGGCCAUGGGCAUCAUGAACAGCUUUAUCAACGACAUCUUCGAGAAGCUUGCUCAGGAGUCGUCCAGGCUUGCGAGGUACAACAAGAAGCCGACGAUUACUUCUCGGGAGAUUCAGACUGCUGUGAGGCUUGUGCUUCCUGGUGAAUUGGCCAAGCACGCCGUCUCUGAGGGGACUAAAGCUGUGACCAAGUUCACUAGCUCUUGAAGUGUGGAGGGUUCAGGACUAACUAGCUGGUUUGCUAUUAGUUGUUCUAUGUUCAGAUUUAGGUUUUUAAUUAGUGGCUGUGUAAUUCUCUCGUUGUUAAAUGAAAUUGACGGUUGAUAUGAUAUGGAUUUGUUGCCUUUUCAUCUUUUGUGGAUGAAUUUUCUGUUUCUAUCUGGGAUUGGAGUGGUCUAUUUUGUACACAUGGUGUUUGAAACCUUCUCUCUGUGAAAGUAAUUUAAUUCAGACUGAAAGCUGUGUCUGUCCAUCCAGAAUUGGGGACUUGAUGUAAAAAUGUUUUGGGUGGUCAUUUUAAGUCGGGUUGGUUAUGUCCGUUGUGUUAUAAGAUUUGUGCUUGUUAUGUAACCAGUAUAUAGCUUGUCAAUAAUUUUCAUGAUCGACUUGAUAUGAAAUUUGGGUUGGCUAUCCUAUUUUGCU